AUGCUCACUAAUAUAUUUAUAUAUGUGUGCUUAUUUUUAUUAGCUCGAGCAGCUGAAAUAACUAAUAUAACAUUUUCUGAUCUUUCGCUGGCUCCUUCUGGGCCUCGAAAUCCUGCCUUGGCUUGGUUAACAACAUUUAAUUUUAAUAUUGAUGAUGCAUCCACUAUCAGAAAGGGCGAUACUUUUUCAGUUGAUUUGGCCAAUGUUUAUCGUGUUAAAUUUAACAAUGAAAGUGCAAUUAUGGAUAUAAAACUAGCAGAUGGAACUAUUGCUUUUUUAUGUUAUGUUUCACAACAAGGUUCUUAUAAAUAUGACACCUCUAUUUUUACAUGUAUCGCUCAAGAGGAUUUAACUUCUUACAAUUCUAUUUCUGGGGAAAUCUCUUUUUCAUUAAGUUUUAAUAAUGGUGGCUCUACUAAGUAUGAGCCCGAAUUAAUUGGUGCCAAACUUUUUAAAGCAGGAACUCAGAGUAUUUCCCUAAAUAGUCAACUAUCUGCAAUUGUUAGUUUUGCUACUACUAUUAAUUCGGAUAGAUUUUACUCUCUAGGUAGAACCACAACUUAUAAUAGUAUGGAAAGUUACUACUUAAAUAUGAAUUGCUCGUCCGGUUAUAUAAUUAGUGGAAAGGAAACAAUUAAUUAUGAUUACCAAAAUGGGGGUUAUAAAUUAGAUUGUUCUUCUUUACAAGUUGCUACUUCUAACAACCUUAACGACUUUCUAUUUCCCUUAAAUGCAUCCACCAGUAAUAUUGAUUAUUUCUGUUUUGAUGAUACAGUAACAAUAAAUGUUGGUGAAUCUGCUUUUGAUUCAUUAUUAUUUAUAAAUGGUCUUCAAUCUGCUCCCAAUAAUGUUAAUUCUAUUGUUCACCGUCUUGAUGCAGCAUACACAUGUAUGAAUACUAUAGCAAGUACAACUUAUUCUACUUCAUUUUCUGUUAUUAACACAUUUGUAGUGACACAAGGUCAAAAUUAUGCUGUUGUUACAUUUGAUCCUUUGCCUAUAGUGUCUAGUACAUUAUAUCUAACUACCAAUACACCACAGAUAAUAGUAACUUCCACCACCACUACUGGUUGGACUGGCUCUUUCAGAUCCACCUACUCUACAGAAACUACUGUCAUCACAGAUUCUCUAGGAUCCACCACACCCGAAGUCAUCAUACACAUAGAGACUCCAAGCACUUUUACCGUUCCUCUUACCACAAUAACUUCCGCCACCACUACUGGUUGGACUGGCUCUUUCAGAUCCACCUACUCUACAGAAACUACUGUCAUCACAGAUUCUCUAGGAUCCACCACACCCGAAGUCAUCAUACACAUAGAGACUCCAAGCACUUUUACCGUUCCUCUUACCACAAUAACUUCCGCCACCACUACUGGUUGGACUGGCUCUUUCAGAUCCACCUACUCUACAGAAACUACUGUCAUCACAGAUUCUCUAGGAUUUACUACACCCGAAGUCAUCAUACACAUAGAGACUCCAAGCACUUUUACCGUUCCUCUUACCACAAUAACUUCCGCCACCACUACUGGUUGGACUGGCUCUUUCAGAUCCACCUACUCUACAGAAACUACUGUCAUCACAGAUUCUCUAGGAUCCACUACACCCGAAGUCAUCAUACACAUAGAGACUCCAAGCACUUUUACCGUUCCUCUUACCACAAUAACUUCCGCCACCACUACUGGUUGGACUGGCUCUUUCAGAUCCACCUAUUCUACAGAAACUACUGUCAUCACAGAUUCUCUAGGAUUUACUACACCCGAAGUCAUCAUACACAUAGAGACUCCAUUAUUAUUUAAUCGUACGCUGUCUUUAACCACCCCUAUCAGCACACAUGAUAGAAAUUCCGUAAGUUUUGACUCAUUUAUUUUCAGAACUUACACUAACCAUAUACUAUCAUUAAGUUCUUCUCCUUUGUUUGACACUACUGGCGAUAUUACUAGAAUUUUAAGUACUUCAGAUAUCACAUCAACAUCUAGUAAUUUAAUUUCUAUUGAAUCUUCUGCUAGUUCUUGGGAGACAUCAAGGGUUAUUGUGCAGACUCAAAGCAGCACUACUUCUAUAGAUUUUAGUGCUUCAAAAUAUACAUCUGUUAUACCUUUGUUCUCGAUCAUCAAAUCUAGUCGCUCCACUCCAAAAAAUACAUACAUCUCUACAAUAACAUCAUUUACUGAUUUAACUACAAUCCCUUCUUUUUCGGUUGUGUUUCCAUCUACAACAAUUAGUUUGUCUCAAAAUAAUGAUACUAAAUCAACAUUAAAUACUUCAAGUAUUCAUAAAGUACAAUAUUCAUCGACACAUUCUAGAAAUGAAGAAACUAUAGUAGUACCAAAAGUCAUUCAGUUUAAUUCUGGCACAACAAGGAAGCCACCAGUGAAUGUUCCAUCUAAGGCAACUGCGUUUACAUCACAUUUGGAGAUGCUAACUACAUCAUCUACCACUAAUAAUAUAAUAUCCAUUUUUAGUGGUACAGGUAAUUCCUUAAAAGUCACUAGUUUUGUUUCAGGUAUAUUAACGUUAAUCUCCGUAUUAUUAUUAGGAUAA